AUGCCACAUAUUUGCUGUCAUCAUCGGUAUAUGAAAAUGCGGGGUAAAGAGGCAAGCUCCGGCAGAGAGGUAAAUAGCUGACUUUCUAUGCCGCAUACAACUACAUAUCUUUCCUCAUUCGUUAAUACUGAGGUCCGAAAGAGGAUCAACAUACACUAACUCUUGUACUUAACACAACUAUAAUACUCCAAGAGCUGAUGAGAACAUAUGAUGAUCAAGUUUCAGAUCAACUCGUUGGAUGCUACUUGAAGAACACCUAACGUACAUCACUCUCGAGUAAUUCUAGUUUCGGUCUAGAAAGCUUGGAUACUAACUAUGAGAAUAUUAUCUUCUCUCCUCUUUUCAUAUUUGGCUUAUGGAACGGCAACUUUUGGACCAGCCAAUCAAAAACCAAUAACCCUUACAGAUGGCUGGACUGGACAACAACCACAAUCACAACCUAAUAUUGUAUUCAUCCUCACCGAUGACCAAGACUUACAUUUGAACUCGAUUGAGUAUAUGCCAUUCUUAAAAAAACAUCUAAUUGAGCAUGGCACUUUCUACAAGAGACACUUUUGCACGACUGCGCUCUGCUGCCCUUCUCGCACGACUAUAUUCACUGGUAAAAAUGCCCAUAACACCAAUGUUACCAAUGUAGUUCCGCCAUACGGCGGAUACCCUAAAUUCAUUAGCCAAGGUUUGAACGAUAACUAUCUUCCAGUUUGGCUUCAGGAGUCGGGCUAUGGAACAUACUAUACGGGAAAGCUUUUUAAUGCACACUCGGUUGAUAAUUAUCAUUCGCCUCAUGCUGCUGGCUGGACUGCUUCUGACUUUCUAUUGGAUCCAUUCACAUACUGGUAUAUGAAUAGCACAUAUCAGAGAAACCGAGAUGCGCCAGUGAGCUUUGAAGGGCAACAUAGCGUCGAUGUUCUUGCAGCAAAGGCACUAGGGCUAUUGGAUGAAGCAUUUGAAACCGGGAAACCUUUCUUCCUUGGUGUUGCUCCAGUCAGUCCUCACGCAAAUAUAUGGGCUCCUAAUUUCAAAGACGGUGGCCAUGGCGACUUAGAGAAGGUCGAGUUUUCACCGCCGGUGCCAGCUGAGAGGCAUGCCAACCUAUUCCAAGGCACCAAAGUCCCGCGGACGAAGAAUUUCAACCCGGAUAAACCAUCAGGCGCCAGUUGGAUCCGGAAGCUACCGAAGCAGAGCCAGGAAACAAUCUACUAUAACGACCACUUCUAUCUCCAGAGACUGCGAGCCCUCCAAAGCGUCGACGAAAUUGUGGAUUCGCUUGUUCGACGUCUGGACGAGCUCAAAAUCCUAGACAGUACGUACAUAGUCUACUCUACAGAUAAUGGUUAUCACGUUGGUCAGCAUCGGAUGCAACCCGCAAAGCAGUGCAGCUUCGAAGAAGAUAUCAAUAUUCCGCUUAUCAUUCGAGGACCUGGAGUCCGGAAAAAUGUGAGUAGCGAUAUUGUAACUGCACAUACAGAUUUAGCGCCUACCUUUUUAGAAAUAGCAGGCGCUCCUAUGAGAGACGACUUCGACGGACUCGCUAUUCCGCUUACUGGAGAAGGUCUCGUAGAAGCUGAAGAGACGCGGCAUGAGCAUGCUUCAAUAGAACACUGGGGAUUCGCCUCAAAUGAGGGGCAGGUGCUUGAUUCAUAUCCGAGACUACACACGAAUAACACUUAUAAAGCUCUUCGUGUCAUUAGCAAGACGUAUAACCUCCAUUACCAGGUGUGGUGUAAUAACGAGCGAGAGCUACACGACCUGACAACAGAUCCAGGCCAAAUGACCAAUCUCCUACACCCAGAUGAGGAUGCCCCAGAGACCAUAGCUGGAGCGCCCCUCGACAAGGUUGUUGCCAGACUGGACUCUUUACUCUUUGUAUUGAAGUCGUGUAAGGCAGAGACCUGUAUCUAUCCAUGGAAGGCACUUCACCCGGCCGGUAAUGUUGCCAAUCUGAAAGAUGCGCUUUCCCCGCGGUUCGACGCCUUCUAUGACGACAAGUCGAGAAAAGUCAAGUUUGAUAGAUGCGAGAUGGGUUUCAUACUCGAUGCUGAGGGGCCACAGUUCGAGUACGAGAGUAUUCUUCUCUCUAGUCUUGAUCCGAACUGGCAUGAGUGGACCUAGUUCCUUAAGAGUAAUAUGAAUGUUACUUUGAAACUUGAUGAAUAUUAACCAUAUUAAAACGGUAGACUCCUAUAAUUAGG